UCAUUGCUCCCUCUAGAAUGACAGAAACAGAGAACUACUACGCUCCCGAGGAAACUCAAGAUUUCUUGAGCUCAGACGGCUUAGCACCACCUCCUUACACCUUUGAAGAUACCCAAUCAGAUCCCACUCCAGCACGCGAGCCUCCAGCCUACUACCCACCUGAUUCAGGAGCUGCCAUUGAUCCUACAAAGGAAUAUCAACCUGAACCUACACAUGAUGGAGACCCAGGUUGUGAUAAAGACACAAUAGAAUCCACUCCUGAGCUGGCAUCAUCACCACAGCCAUUUGAUGAUAAAACAGUUAGGAAAGCAUUCAUCAGGAAGGUGUUCAGCCUCGUCACCCUGCAGCUGGUGGUGACCUUCAGCAUAGUGUGCGUGUUCACAUUCUCCAGUGUAGUGAAGAAAGCGGUGCAGACUAACAUCUGGAUCUACGUCAGCUCCUAUAUAAUAUUCCUGGUGGUCGCUUUGAGUUUGAUCUGGAGCAGGUCCUUCAGUCGGAAGCAUCCCUGGAAUCUGGUGGGACUGGCAGUGGUCACACUCAGCCUUUCCUUCAUGACGGGCACCGUUGCCUCUUUCCACGACUCCACAGCUGUGAUCAUUGCUAUGGGAGCCACUCUGGCCAUCUCCUUUUCCAUCAUCCUCUUCUCCAUCCAGAAUUGCGUGAGCUUCUCAGUUUGUUACGGAGUCCUGCUGGUGAUUUUGGUGGACCUCGUCAUGUUUUUGAUCUUCUGCACAUUCUACUACAACAACGUUGUGCAGAUCGUUUAUGGAUGUCUGGGAGCUCUGCUCUUUGCACUGUUUCUCAGCGUGGACUGCCUGAUGGUGGUCAGCCUGGGGCGCUACGGCCUGGACCCUGAGGAGUAUGUGUUCGCCGCCCUCAUCAUCUACCUGGACGUCGUCAUGAUCUUCCUUUACAUACUGGGGAAGAGAUGAACACCUGGGAGAACCUCAACCCGAAGCACCUGAACACACACACCCAGGGGUCAAAGGAGAGAGGACUGGGUGGCACUCGAGACUUCUGUCAUUCGAACCCUCCACACACCACCACACCUGGGUCGAUUGCUCAAAUCAAUAAGGUGUUUCUAAGGGAUUGAGGUACAUUGAAUUCAUGUUACAGUUGAAUCCUUUGAGACUCAUCCAGUGGACUAAAGUGCACUCAAGUAUUUGACAGUUGCAAGUGGUGAUUGACUUAGAUCUGCCACACACACACACUUCUACCAGCUGGGGCUAACAUGAUUACUUGGGAGAUAAUCUUAUAAUGAUGCACUUUAAACAGCCCCACGCACACUCCUUUGUACAGAUAAAAAAGAUUGUAACACUUAACUGGAUGAAGCCUAGCCCCCCUACAAUAGUUCAGUGGAUACAAAAAGUCAGACAGGUCAGUACAAUGGAAAAUAUGACAGCAACCCUUCAGUUUAAAGUACCUAUAUUCGUGCGGAGAUGGACAACUGUCAAUUCUUUACCUAACUUAAGAAUAUCAAUCUGACUAGCAUGUGAUGGAUCUCUGUAACAUUACCCUACCUGUAUGUAGACAACGUAGAAUGACUGAAGCCCAACCUUAAGGUGACUUUGUUUUUG